AUGGAGAGCUCGAAAAACAAUAACAAAGACAACCUAGGCGUCAAAAAAACUAGUACCAUAAGGAAGGGCUCUUCCCAUCGCAUCAAAGUGGAUGGUUUCCUUCUUGUCAGGCAACAACCGGCAAAGCCUCCUAUUCACCACAUUAACAAGGAAGAUUUUAAGGAUUUUGUCCAGAAGCAUACCGGGUUACAAUCUUGUGAUAAUCUUCCGAGUCCUGUUUACAAUCCCCAAAAAUCGCAGAACACAAGGUUGAACAAGAUGAGGCCACUACCAUUAGCCCAUGUCCGGAGGUCACCGAUGUUGGAAACCCCUCCGCCGAUUCCUAACAAUAACAAUGUUUCAUUGCCAAGAUGUGAUACAUUUAGACAAGAGUCACCAAGUCUUUUGCAGCAACUAAAUCGAGGGAACAUGACACACAAUAAUCAAGUUGAGUCACCCAUGUCUGCCUACCAGAGGUACUCUCAGAAUGCAAUGACAGAUCCUGAUUUACAAGGCAUCCAGUAUCAAAUUAAAUCACAGUUUUUUCCUCUGCAACCACAAGGGUCGUGUAAUGUGCAGUCUCAUCAUCCACCUUCAUCUUCUUUAACUCACAAUCCACAUGAGCCUAUGCUACAUUUCGCAACAUCAAAUAACCUUACCAUGCCUACGAAUAUUGCUGCUCAUCCACCUGUUCCCUGUGCGAAUGCUGCUACUCACCCUAAUGCGAAUUCUACUUCUAAUCCAUCUUUUCCUUCUCAUUCACAUGUGGCUACUACGAAUGUUGCUACAAAUCCACAUGUGUUAGCUUUGAGUGUUUCUUCUACUCAUUCCCUAGAGCCUACUAUGAAUAUUGUUGCUCAUCCGCAUGUUGCUAACACAGUUAUGCCUAAUAUUCCUUCCCUACAAGCAAGCUCCCCUCUUAUUUUACCUUCUAUAACAUCUGAAUUCCUCCCACCUUCGUCACCAACUACUUACAUGAAUCUCAUAUCCUCUCAAUCCUAUAAUCCACUAUUAUCACCAGAUAUGGAGAUUCCUUCUUUUGAAAGUUUUCCUUUACCUCCCAGUUCAGAAUCAUGGAUUAAUGAGUUUCUGCUUUCUCCGGGACUAUUUCCACCAUCACCUUCAGGAUUAUUUCCCAUCAUAAGCCCUUGA